CCUACCAUUAAAAUUCGUAAAGGUAAUAAAUUAAAUGUUUGUUAUAGCUCAAAUACUUUGGAGUUUGUUUCAACAAAAGCAACUAUUUCCUUCAGAAUUUCUGCAGUUUUAUAUAUAGAAAUUGAAGAAUUGCAGAAAUUACUCAAUAAUCGAAAAGAUGAUAUUGAUGACUUACUUAAAUUGCAGCAUGUGUAUGCCAUAGGAAUUGACUUUCAAACGACUCUAUCAGAUAAUAAUAGUGAUGGUAAUAGAGGUGGUAAUAAUAAUAGAGAUGGUAAUGAUAAUAGUAAUGGAAAUAGUAAUGAAAAUAGUAAUGGAAAUAAUAAUAGUGAUAUAUCCUCUGAAGGAAGAGUUAGAGCUGCUAAAAUUUCUCCCCCUAACCUUGAAUAUGAGAUUGAUGUAUAUCUUUGUAAAAUAGGAAAAUUUCUUAGUUCUCAAUUACUAAGAAUGCGCGGCUGUGGCUAUUAUCUUGAUUCUGUUGAAGUUUGUGUUUCUCCAAUUUCAUGCAUACCUAAUAAUACGAAUGGUUUAUUUAUAUCAAAAGACACACCAUAUCCACAACAGUUAAAUCGAACCGUUGAAUUUUCAGAUGGUCGUAAAACAAACAUUGAGGGACAAUUUAUUGGAGAAAUUGGAUCAGUACCUAAAUCUCAGUGCAGGCAAAAGGUGGUAACAUAUUAUGUUCCUGAAUGCCAUUCUGCUAAGUGGCAUAUCAAGAAAAAUAUGAGUGGAUUUCGUAUUACUAUUACUCAAGUAUUACGCUAUAAGAUUAUCAAUUCUUUUAAACUCUUUCUAUCAAAACCAAAGUUAAUCAAGUGUCCUGUUAUUACCCAUGUUCUUGAGAUAAGUUUUAACAAACUUGAAGACUUCAAUGCAAACUUUGCAAAAUUAGUAAGGCCUGAUGAAGAACCUUAUUACAAUGAAAAUGAUGUUAAUAUAGAAAUCUCAAAUAUUCAGAAAUUAGAUGGGGAAAUUAUAAUUAACUGA